AUGUCGGCCGGCGGAGCGCCAGUCCCGCCGCCCCCGAACCCCGCCGUGUCCUUCCCGGCGCCCCGGAUCACCCUGCCCGCCGGCCCGGACAUCCUGCGGACCUACUCGGGUGCCUUCGUCUGCCUGGAGAUUCUGUUCGGGGGACUCGUCUGGAUUCUGGUUGCCUCCUCCAACGUUCCUCUACCUCUGCUACAAGGAUGGGUCAUGUUCGUGUCCGUGACAGCUUUUAUCUUUUCCCUCCUCUUCCUGGGCGUGUUCCUCUCUGGCAUGGUGACUCAGAUUGAUGCCAACUGGAACUUCCUGGAUUUUGCGUAUCAUUUUACCGUGUUCGUCUUCUACUUUGGAGCCUUUUUACUGGAGGCAGCAGCCACAUCCCUGCAUGACCUGCAUUGCAAUGUGACCAUGGCUGUGCAGCCACUCUUGAGUGAUAACCAGUAUAACAUAAACGUAGCAGCCACAAUUUUUGCCUUUGUGACGACAGCCUGUUAUGGUUGCAGUUUGGGUCUGGCGUUGAGAAGAUGGCGACCGUGA